AAGAUUGGAUCUACAGCUCCGGCCCACAUUGGUUUCAUAUUUGGCAGGCCGGUUUUAACGGUGUGUUUGAACUUUGAAGCCAUCUAAUCUCAGCGGUCACAUGGAUCAUCUGCACAUGGAUCAUCAGAUCCCUUUCUUUCUUUAUUUCUUUUCCCUUCCUAUUUUUUUCAAAAAAUAAACUUGGUGGGUAGUAGUAGUUCACUCCCAGAUCUCAUCCCGCUCAGCAGCUUCGAUUUUGCUUUCAUGGUGGUUGGUAACCCUCUCUCUCUCUAGAAAUUGUAUCACAUUGUGUUAUAUGGUUAGUCCAUAGCAAGUCAUUCAAACCCUCUAUCGAUUUCUCUUUGAAAUUGAAUCUUGUUUCAAUUUCGCAAAAUUUAUCAAUGGGUUCACAGGCACCCAAAUCCUCAAAACCCUCAAAAUCCCAAACUCUAACCUCUACCACCACCCCACCGUCAAAAUCACCAUCUUCUUCUCUCUCAUCCCACCUGGCCAUGAUUGAACUAAAGCAAAGAAUCCUAACUUCUCUCUCUAAGCUCUCCGAUAGGGACACCCACCAGAUCGCAGCGGAAGACCUCGAAAGAAUCAUCCAAACCCUUACCCCCGACGCCGUCCCGAUGCUCCUCAACUGCCUCUACGACGCCACCACCGACCCCAACAAACCCGCCGUCAAGAAAGAGUCCCUGCGCCUAUUAGCCGCCCUCUGUGCCGCCCACCCAGAUUCAACAGCCACCCAUUUGACCAAAAUCAUUGCCCACAUUGUCAAGAGGCUGAAGGAUUCGGAUUCGGGGGUGAGGGACGCGUGUAGAGACGCCAUUGGUGCCCUGUCGGCCCUGUAUUUGAAGGGAGGGGAGGGGGAUAACCCGGGUUUGGGAUCGGUGGUUGUUUCGUUGUUUGUGAAGCCCUUGUUUGAAGCUAUGAGUGAACAGAACAAAGGGGUGCAAGUUGGGGCUGCAAUGUGUAUGGGGAAGAUGGUGGAUUGUGCCUUGGAACCGCCCGUGGGUUCGUUUUCGAAGCUGUGCCCUAGGAUCUGCAAGUAUCUGAGCAAUCCUAACUUCUUGGCUAAGGCUGCAUUGUUGCCAGUGGUUUCUAGUUUGUCUCAGGUAGGGGCUAUUGCACCACAGAACUUGGAAUCAUUGCUGCAUAGCAUUCAUGACUGCCUUGGAAGCACAGAUUGGGCAACACGUAAAGCUGCAGCUGAUACAUUAAGUGCUUUAGCAUUGCAUUCAAGCAACUUAAUUGAAGAUGGAGCUUCUUCCAUGGUGACGGUGCUUGAGGCCUGCCGCUUUGACAAGAUCAAACCUGUCAGGGAUAGCAUGGUGGAGGCACUGCAACUAUGGAAGAAAAUUGCAAAAGGAGGUGACGGAGCUUCUGAAGACCAGAAAGCUUCAUCUCAUGAUGGUGGAAAUCCCGAAUCAGCUGAGUCGCUAGAAAACAAUAACCCUAAAGUUCCAACUCAUGGUGAAAGCAAAACUGAGACAUCAGCAAAGGAUUCAUCAAAUGGGUCUUCUCCUACUGAUAAAGGAAAGGGUGGCAACAUUUUAGACAAAGCAGUUGGGAUAUUGAAGAAGAAGGCGCCAGCACUAACUGAGAAAGAAUUGAACCCUGAAUUCUUCCAGAGACUUGAAACAAGAGUCACAGAUGAUUUGCCCGUAGAGGUGGUUGUCCCUCGUCGGUGUCUCAAUUCUGCAAGUACGCAGAAUGAAGAGGAAUCAGAGCCAAAUGAUAAGGAUUCAAGGGGAAGGCCAAUGGGUAACUCUCAGCCAAAUGAGGCAUCUCUCAACAUCAAGUGCCGUAGCACAGAGAAAGGUAAUUCUGGUGUGUUUUCUAGACAGCGAGAUUUGGAUGAGUUUGCCCGGGAUAAAUGGGCUGAAGAGAGAGGGAAUGGGAAAGACUCCAGAACAAAUUGGUUGGCUAUCCAGAGACAAUUAUCACAACUCGAGAGACAGCAAUCUCAUCUGAUGAAUAUGUUGCAGGAUUUCAUGGGUGGGUCUCACGAUAGCAUGGUGACUCUAGAGAACAGGGUGCGAGGUUUGGAGAGAGUAGUUGAAGAUAUGGUUCAUGACUUGUCAAUCUCUACUCGAAGGGGUAGUAAUUUUAUGGUAGGGUUUGAAGGGUCUUCUAAUAGGUCUUCAGGCAAGUAUAAUGGCUUCCAUGACUAUGGUGCCAAGUUGGGGAGAAGUGGUGAUGGGUGGGUACCCUUUGGGGAGAGGUAUGGCCCAUCGGAUAACAUAGGUUCAUCAAUGAGAGGAAGGGGACCUUCUUGGAGAUCCGACGUUUCUGAUGUGCGGGAUUUUCACUAUUAUGGCAAAAAUGGGCAAAUGGGAUCUAGGAGAGUCUUAGGUGGUGGUGGUGGUGCUAUGGACGGUAGGUCACCCAGGUCAGAACAUGAGAGUGAUCAGGUUGGGAAUAGGAGAGCUUGGGAUAAAGGUGAAGGGCCUUCGGCAAGAAGCGUUUGGCAAGCUUCAAAGGAUGAAGCAACCUUGGAAGCAAUUAGAGUAGCUGGCGAUGACAAUGGAACUGUGAGUCGAAAUUCAAGAGUGGCUAUUCCAGAGUUGACUGCAGAAGCCAUGGGGGAUGACAAUGCUGUGCCAGAGCGGGACCCAGUCUGGACUUCUUGGAGUAAUGCCAUGGAUGCGCUUCAUGUGGGAGAUAUGGAUACGGCUUAUGCCGAAGUUUUGUCUACGGGCGAUGAUCUCUUGCUUGUGAAACUAAUGGAUAAAUCAGGAGCAGUGGUCGAUCAACUCUCAAAUGAGGUGGCAUGUGAGGUUUUACAUGCUGUUGCAGAGUUUCUCCGCGAGCCAAACUUGUUCGACAUUUGUUUAUAUUGGAUUCAACAGUUGGUAGACGUCGUGGGGGAAAACGGACCUGAUGUCCUAGGCAUUCCAAGUGAAGUAAAAAGGGCGCUUUUGGUGAAUUUACACGAAGCUUGCUCGGCAGUUGACCCACCUGAGGACUGGGAAGGCGCAACACCCGACCAACUCUUGUUGCAGUUGGCAUCGGCCUGGGGAAUCAAUCUACAACAGCUGGAGAAGUAAUCGUAAGCGAGCUUAGCAGCAUGUAGGGAUUGGGUUUUUGUAUUUUAUGACUUUUUUUGGUUUGGUUGUAAUGAACAUGUAUCUAUACAUAGGUGAGGUGAAUUUCUGCAGAACAACAUACAAUUGAUGAGUGACUUGCAACAUAUGAUUUUGAUUUGAUUGAAUGUGGAAUCAGACAUACUUACCUCUUUGUGAUA